GAGCGGGCAUCGACCCAACAUCUUGAUAUGUUAGCGAAGGAUUCACUCGCGUUUGAACGCGCGUACUGCACCAUUGCAUUCUGUGCACCUGCGCGUGCGGCAGUGUUGACAGGCCGAUGGCCAGAUACUACAGGAAUGUACUCGGAACAAUUCCAGCUUCUACGCGCAAAAUAUAUUGUCCCGCUACCAAAACUCUUUCGGGAUCAAGGAUAUAUCUGUCAUGGGGCGGGAAAGACCUUUCAC